GGGGCGACCUCCAUGUGGGCUUCCUGCUGCGGGUUGCUGAAUGAGGUCAUGGGGACAGGAGCGGUUCGUGGCCAGCAGCCCGGAUUUGGAAGCGGAGCGAACCCCUUUCGGUUUGCGCCAAGCACGGACUUCACCGUCUACUCCUCGGCGGCAGCCACGGGAGCAAACCCCGCGGUCUGCAAGUCUUGUGGCCUUUCCUUCUCCGUAUUCAGGAAAAAGCACGUGUGCUGUGAGUGCAAGAAGGACUUCUGCUCCGUCUGCUCCGUCUUGCAAGACAGCCUCCGCCGGUGCUGCACCUGCCAGUUGCUGCAGGAGACGGCCUUCCAGCGGCCGCAGCUGAUCCGCUUGAAAGUCAAGGAUCUGCGCCAGUACCUGCUCCUUAGGAACAUCCCCACGGACACCUGCCGCGAAAAGGAAGACUUGGUCGACCUCAUCCUGUGCCAUCACGGAUUGGCCUCCGAGGAGGAGACGGACACUAGCAGCUUGUACUCGACGCAGUCGCAGGCUUCCAGUUUUUCCACCCAGCGCAUUUCUCUGUCUGGAUUGGUGUCCACCUCUCAGGGAGACCUCGCCAGCCGGCAGGAGAAUAUGGGCAGUGAAAUACAGUUACUGGGGCCCAGCGAGAGACUCUCGGCAGAUCUGGGGGCAGAGGAAGACCAGGCAGCACAAGAAACUCCGGGCCAGUCCAGGAAGCGUGCCAGGGCCUCGCUGUCAGAUAUUUCCAGCCUGGAUGACGUGGAAGGGCUGACCGUCCGGCAGCUGAAAGAAAUCCUGGCUUGUAACUUUGUCAAUUAUUCGGGAUGUUGUGAAAAAUGGGAACUGGUAGAAAAAGUCAGCCGGCUCUACAGGGAGAACCAAACGAAUCACCGGCUGCAAGGGGAGAAACCUCCGCUGGCCGACGAGGACGACAACCUUUGCCGGAUCUGCAUGGACGCGGUGAUUGAUUGCGUGCUGCUCGAAUGCGGCCACAUGGUCGCCUGCACCAAAUGCGGGAAGCGCAUGAGCGAGUGUCCGAUCUGCCGCCAGUUCGUCGUCCGGGCCGUGCACGUGUUCAAGUCCUGAGUGCCUGGGCCCAGCACCGGAAGCUUCCCGCUGCACACAUUUCCUCCC